AUGCCCAAUAGUGUCGUGAGCAGCAACAGCGGCGGUGGUCCCCACAAGGAGGACAUCGCCCAGCUCAGUGCACUUUUUGCGGAGGGCGGGUUUGACAAGGAUGCGCUGGAGGGGCGCUACCUGAACCAGCUACGGCGAGCCCGGCAGCUGGGGGUGCAGCUGGAGGCGGAAAAAACGCAUAGCCGUCGACUCGCAGCUGAGCUUGCGGCGCUGCAGGCGAAGAUGCAGGAUGUAAAUAGCGGCAGAGACGGUGAAACCUCAAAGAGGCGUGUGCGGCAGGCAGGUGGCAGUGAACAAGGUGAGGAGCAGCAAAGUACGAUGGCUGCGCUUAAGGAGCGCCUCGAGCGGGCGUACAUACAACUGAACGAAAGUAAACUGCAGACGGAGGAGCACAAGAAGGAGUCGCAGCGCCUGCGUAAGCUGCUGCUGCAAGAGAUUGGUGGCACCCCACAGGAGUUAGAGACACUGCUGAAAAGCACAGCAGAGACUGGCGGGGGCUGGCGGGGGCGAGCGCAGCAAAUCGUGCUUCUAAAAGGCAAAGUGAAGGAAUUAGAGCGAACUCUGGCAGCAACGGCGGCUACCGUGAGUGCGUCAGCGAACUCGGAUGAUGAUAGUAGUGGAGUCGGCAACGGUGGUGCUGCUGUUGCUGCUUCGGCGGCGGCGCUUGUGCGAGGACGAGCAGGCGGGGCGUCGGUAGUCACCGAUACUGCGACCGCAUUGACGUCACGUAACCGCGACUUGGAUGACGUGGCCCGUGAACGUGUGGCGGAGCUUCAAGGGCGCCGUUUUCUGCAGCUGCGGGAGGUGCAGGAUGAGCUUUACAAGCGCACGGCGGAGCUGGAGACGCAGAAGCGACGGGCUGAGGCGGCGCAGGCGCGUCACGUCAAUUUGGAGGCGGAUAACCGAACCCUUCGCGAGUAUCUGCAGACAGUGCUGACGAAGACGGAGAACGACAACCUCCUCAUCGACGCCUACAAGGAGGAGCUGGCGGGGCUGCAGCAAAGGCUACAUGCGGCGAGGAUGCAGCUGCAGGAAUGGGAAGCGUGGGAGGGUGGGGAGCCGCCAAAAGGACGAGGGGAAGAGGCACCGAAGCAUCGUGAACGACGCACGAACAACCCCUGCCAUCUGAGGGAAGAGAGGCUUGACGCGGACACGGCAGUGGCUCUUGCGGGGGCCGACGCAGCAAUCGAGAUCAACCGCUUGCGGAUGGAAAACGAGGAGCUUCGAGUUCGACUGAUCCGUUGUGGGAACCAUGAUGACAGUCGCCACUGCGGUGGUAGUAGUAGUAGGACUAGUAGUAGGAGUCCUGCCAGCCCUAGCUCCGGCGAUAAGCUCCACGGGAGGAACGACGACACUGCUCUCGUCCUGCACUGGCUGCGGACAGUGGCCCCAAUGCCGCCGACUGCGCAGGGUCAUGGGAGUGCGUGGCAGUCCCGUGUGGCGGAGGUUCUCCGCCGGGCGCACGCCGCCGUGUGCUUCGUGGAGCAGCAACACGAGGAAGAUGGCAACCGGCUCAGCAGGUGCUACGAAACCAUCAAGCAGCUGCAGGAGGAACCGAAGCGGCGAAAUGGAAGGCAGGCAAAGCGGGGAAGCAAACCCCACGAAGGCGGUGACGACGAGGAGGAAGACGGCGGGGCCGCAAUGAUGGCAGAUCUCGUUUUGCAGGAGAACCGGGCGCUGAAGAAGCGGCUCAAAAUGCUUCAGGCGUUGAUGGAAAAGGAGCGGAUGGCGUAUGAAUCACUCCGCUUUGCGCCCUCGGGUGCCAUGCUCGGUGACGCCACCACCACCACUACCACCACCAACAACACCACCACCACCACCAACACCAACGGGGACGAUGCGGCAUCAGCAGGGCUUAUUGGUGGUACACAGGUGACUGCCGCGGCGCAUGAGCAGCUAAAGGCUCAGUACGAAGAGCUGCGUUGUGCUUUCAAUUCUCUUCAGAAGGAGCGUCUUCGGCGUGGUGGUGUCUAA